GCCUAGAAUGUUUUCUGAUGCAGAAUGACUUCAUUCGAAUAGCUGUAGAAUUAAUUUUACCUUUGCCACCAGAAUCCCUGUCCUUGUAUCGCAGGUCCAGUACGGGAAACUUCCAGCAUGACCCUACAAUAUCGACUUGACCAAUUCGAUGAUUCCUCGAUAGGCCACGUCAAGCAUGGACUCUCGACCUCGGGUGGCGCACGCAUGUGACCGAUGCCGUCGAAUGCGGACAAAGUGCUCCGGAGGAGUCAGAUGUAUCAAAUGCGAGGUUGAUGGGGCGGAAUGCACGUACAGCGACCGGAAGAGGGAAAGGGCGAAGAAAGAACUUAUCGAGAGCAAAAGCAGUGUCGCCGAAUUACAGGCAAAGAACGAAAAACUCGCCAAUCUACUGGCUGAUCUUGUUGCCUCCACCGAAGGCGAUUCCGAGGCGCGAUCACUGGCAUUGCAAUAUUUGGAGGACCAAGAGUACGAAGACACUCCUCACAAUGUCUCAUCAGGGCCGGGGUCUUCACGGUUUCCUCAUGAUCCAGCACAGGGAACUCCUCCGACCGGCGGAAGAGACACAGAGCCAGACCGUGAAAUGCACAUCGAACUUCCGGGACAAGGCGAACAUUCGGGCUGGCGAUCACCUUCGGACUUCAAUCUGGUCGGUCCGUCACGUCUUUCGCAUCUCUCCCAGAUGAUCCUGACCGACAAUGAACCUUCACCCACUGAAAAGUACCCACCAGCGGCGUGGACGAAGGCGACAAACGACGACAACCUUGUACAACACUUGAUAUCGCUUUACUUUUCCUGGGAAUAUCCUGUCUUUGCAAGCUUAUCUAGAGAGCAUUUCCUCCUUGAUUUCCACACGGGCAACGAAAGAUUCUGUUCUUCCUUGCUCGUGAAUGCGAUGCUUGCUUUGGGCGCCAGAUUCAGUGACCUGGUGGAGGUGCGUAAAGACAAAGACAACCGGGGUACAGCAGGAGACCAAUUCUACGAGGAAGCACAGCGCUUGUUGGGGUUUGAGGACAUUCCAUCGUUGAACAAGGUUCAAGCACUGGGCUUGAUGUCGCUGAGGCAAGCCAGCUGCGGUCAUGAUGUGAGUGGUUGGCACCUUUCACGAUAUGCCAUGAGGACUGCGCUUGACUUGGAUUUACACCUGGCCGACUCGCAGGACAGGCGUGCAGACCGACUGCUAUACUCCAACCCGGAGCGUCAAGUCAGCGCCGCCACAUUUUGGGGGUCUUACACUCUGGAACAGGCAUGGUGUCUUUGCAUCGGUCGGUCGUCACAGGUUACUCUGGAAGAGACACUGGUUCGUAAGCCAGUCAAAAUCGACGAAAUCGAACACGAACCGUGGCAGCCAUACACGGAUCAAGGCAUCCACGGUGAUCGCUCCCUCCACCAGCCCAGUAACCUUAGGUCGGUGUACAAGGCUUUUGCCGAACUUUCGGAGAUUGUGCACAAGACCAAUCUGUGCCUGCAAUCGGAGGACACGCGAGACAUCACAGCGCGAGUACGAGCGCUGUACACCGAGUACCUUCAAUUCUACGGCUCACUUCCGGAUGCGCUGCGGCUGGGUGGCAACUCAACACCUCCAGUCCUAUUCGCUCACAUAUACUAUCAUUUUGCCGUUUUGCUCCUCUUCAGACCCUUCUACAAUACCGGGAUCCUCGACACCGUCGCUUUCACGCGGCUGGUAUGCGCAGAGGCAACCGAGAACAUUCUGUCCCUAGUAAAGGCGUACCAGAAUAUCUACUCCCUCCGCCGCACACCAGCAUUCUUCCCGUACCUCGUCAUGACGGCAGAACUCGCUCGAAUGGCAGACCACAAAACAGGACCGAACAACCAUCGCAUCUACCAUACACCGAGUAUCAAGUAUCUUGCCGAGCUUGCAUCGGCGCAUCCCUUUGCUACAAGAGCCAUGGUGAUCUGCAAGUUUUUCCGGGAAGGUUGGGAAAUCGAGCUUGCGCCAGAGGAUGAUUGCGAAGUUCCCCGGGGUGUCCCCCAGGAUAUUGACUUGCCUCACAAGCUAACAUUCUUCCGACCGGACGCGGACUUGGAGCGGCACCACAGGGGGACGUCUAGCUUAGAACCACUGCGCUCGGGUUCUACAGCCAAACUGCGCUUUGUACCAUUCCCUCAACAGGGUUCGCAUCUGGGUAACAUGACAUUAUCAACCUAGACUUGCUGAGACCACAGUCUAGACUUCGAUAUAUGUCUCUACAUUUGACAAAACACCAACUAAAUCUAUUCUCGUAUUCGGUCGUAAAUCCUGAAAUGAAUAAAGCUCGC